UUGUUCAAUUUUUUACGACCUACAGCUUACGAUUGUAUUGUAGAACAGGCCUUAACGAAUGGAUUACGUCACGAGCAUUGUUGGGUGUAGUUCACUUCAUUGCGGUUAGAGUAGUUGUGUCAAAAAAGGGUGUUGUCUAUGCUCGAUUGUGGAAAAAAUGUUUAAAAAAAUAAUGUGGCUCGAACAUUAUAGGAUAUUCGUGUUUCUAUGUAGUUUGCUGUUGCAUCAAAAUCAUGGCCUAGAUCUCAACAACACAUUCACAUGGUGCACAGUUUCCGAUGCCGAACAGAACAAAUGCCAAGCUUUUUCCAGAGCGGUUGAUCGCGAAAAAGUGUCUUUUGGUUUGAGCUAUUUUUCAAUAUAUUGUAAACAAGCUUUUAACAAGGAAGAGUGUAUGGUGAUGCUGGACCAGGAAAAGGCACAGAUAACAACAUUAGACCCUGGCGAAGUGUUUAUAGCUGGGCGAUACCACAGUCUUGUACCAAUAAUGCAAGAAAUAUAUGAUAAUGGUUUAAAUAUUCAGUAUGCUGUUGCAGUGGUUAAAAAAAGUACUCUGCCUGAUGUACAAACUCUAUAUGAUCUUAGAGGUAAGAAAGCUUGCUUUGCUGGUGUUGGAACAUUGGCAGGAUGGAUCAUUCCUAUCAAUACUCUUAUGAGAUAUGGUGGACUGGAAAUUAUUGACUGCAAUAAUCAUGUGAAAUCAACAAUCAAAUUCUUUGGGCCUAGUUGUGCAGUAAAUUCAUUAAUUGAUAAAUAUAAUCCUCUUGGUGACAAUUCUGAUCAAUUGUGUCGUUUGUGCAUUGGAAGAAUUCCUGGUGGCAAGUGUACGAAUCAAGAUCCUUAUUCAGGUUAUGAGGGAGCUUUCCGCUGUCUGGUUGAAGCAGGAGAGAUCGCUUUUUUAGUGCACACGACUGUGCAAGAAAUGACUUCAACAACAUUUGAUUUUAGUUCCGUGAAAAAAGAACAGUUUGAGUUACUUUGCAAGGACGGUACACGCAGAUCUGUAGAUGAGUAUACUAUCUGUAAUUGGGGCAGCGUGCCGUCACACGCAAUAGUCACGUCUUCCGCGACCAGCUUCAAGAUCCGUCAAAUGUAUCAAAGAUUCCUGGAAAAAGCGGUGCGCAUACUGCACAAGAACAAGAAUGAUACUGCGAACUUCAAUCGUUUCGGCAACGAUCAGAGAGAUUUUGAUAAUCGGCCAAGUUACAACAAAUUCGACGAAGAUAGGGUCAACAGAGAUGAAUUUAACAAUCCGAACGAGUACAACACGGACGGGGAUCGCAAUGGAUACGAUCGAAGUUACGGCGUCGAUGGGAAAGGACUGAAUACAUGGGAGAAACCGAUGAACGACACAUACGAUUAUUACAACAGAGAACACACCAUCAACGAACCGACGAACAUACGUCCGAUAGAAGUAUUCGAGCUGUUCGAAUCGGCGCCCAGAUACGGAUUGCAGCACAAUUUGAUCUUCUCCGAUUACGCACGCGACUUCGUGCAAAUACCUGAGAAGGAUCAAACGUUCGAAGGGUACUUGAAACGAUCCUUAGAACACAUAUUGGGUGUACAUCACUGCCCUGUAAAUCGGAUGACGUUAUGCGUCACUUCUGAACCGGAAGUAGAAAAAUGCGUAAAAAUGAAGACUGCCUUGAAAGCCCAGCUUUUGAAACCAGACUUGUACUGUUUUAGAGGCCACAGUCAUAUAAAUUGUAUGCAAGCGAUACAAAACGGGCUUGCUGAUGUGGCUGUCCUAGAUGCUAGUGACGUCUACACCGCGGGAUUACGUUACGACUUGAUUCCGUUCAUCUCCGAAGUAUACAAUCUCGAAACAGCAGACUAUUACGUUGUCGCCGUGGCCAAAGAGGAAGACGACAAUACCGAUCUGACAUAUCUCAAGAACAAGUACACCUGUCAUACCGGAAUCAACAUGGCCGCUGGCUGGGUUUAUCCGUUGGCAUAUCUUAUCUCAAAUAAAUGGAUCAGAGGCUACGGUUGUGAUUCUGUGCGCGCCGCUGCUGAAUACUUCACUAAAUCCUGCGUCCCGGGUGCACUUAGCACUGAGUACAAUACAGGUGUGCCGUAUGAUCAUAUGUGCGGUUUGUGCCACGGAGGAAGCUAUAGAUACUGCCGACGAGACGCUUCCGAGGAUUACUUCGGAUACACAGGUGCCUUCCGAUGUUUGGUAGAAGGGGGUGGUGAUGUAGCCUUUGUGAAGCACACAACGGUCGCCGAGAACACCGACGGCAAACGAAGGGAGUUCUGGGCGCGUAACACUUUCACAAAAGACUUUCAGUUGCUUUGUCCAGACGGUACGCGUCGCUCGACCAGCGAUUACGUAAACUGCAAUCUAGGCAAAGUGGCCGCCAACGCCAUAGUCACACGUGGUGGUUAUUACGGCUACAAUGAGACACAGAUCAACGCAUACAUUAAUCUGUUUAUAUACGCACAACAGUUCUACGGUCGAAAGGAGCAAGAUGAGUUCAGCUUUAGCAUGUAUUACAGUAUUCCGCCGUACAGCGAUCUUAUCUUCCAGGACGCUACUCAGCAGUUGAAAGUUAUUCCACCGGAGAAACGGGAGUACAGCGUGUAUCUUGGCCAGGACUUUAUGAGAGCCAGAAGAAUCGUGGAUUGCAACGCCGGCGCGGCAGCUUUGAGCUACUCGUUAUUCGCUACGAUAGUCAUGAUAGCAUUUACUUUUGUAUUCGGCAGAUAAACUCGUGCAAUUUAACGCUCGUACGUGAUGAACAAAACUAAAACAAACGAUCUGUUAUAGAGAUUUUAAUAAGACAUUUGAUGUGUAAACACUAUAAUUUUAUUGCUAAGAGAUAAAUUUAGUGGUGAUGUAUCAUACCGUCCAUACUAUAUUGUACAAUGUACAUCUUCUAAAUAUUUCAUAUUUCAGAUAUUUUUUGUUAAAAAAAAUUUUUAUAUCGACACUUUUAUAUCGACGUCGUGAACACUCGUGAAUAUUCGUGAACACUUUAGUUCAUACUUUAUGGAGACUAAUAGCAGCUUGAUACAGAGAAUACAAAUUAUGUAAGUUGUAGAACUGCCUUUACAUCCGUCCGUAAUUUUAAGAAUUAUUAUAUUUAAUUUGAUACACAUAUAUAUAUAUUAUUAUGUAAUUUGAUACAU